CGUAUUAGUAUGAAGGAGCCAUUUUGUUUAGAGCGUUGUGAUACGGAGGGUAGUUCGCGCAGGCGCGGUGCGGCGUAAACACCGUAUUACGGGCAGUAAUCCUACGCCAGUCGCCGCGGGCGGUCGUGUCGCGUUGUGUCGGAUCGCGUGUGCCGUGUGCUCAAAUACAUUGUAAAACUGUGGAUUUUUCCUGUGAUUUUUAAGAUGAGGGCGCCGUGACCACGGACGGGCUGCUCAGCGCCCUGGCCCGCCUGCGUCGCACCCCUCACCCCCACCCGUCCCCUAACCCCGCACGUACCGCGGAUGGGCGUCACCAAUCUCCCAAAAUCCAGCCGCCUCGACCCUCCCCUGAACGCGCCGCAGGUGCCGACGAGAGCAUGACAGUGGCACGCGGCGAUGGCUCCCCGGAGCGACUCGGAGGCGCGUUACGCCGGCUUCACUAUAAAGCCACCAGGCGAGCGCACUCUGUCGGCCGACACCAUACAAACACGCCACCCAAGGUGGUCGUCAUGGGCAGCAGCACCACAUCAGACAAGACCAUCAACACGAGCACCGACUCGGCGGCGACCGCGCUCACGUCCGUCACCGGCACCGACGACUCCAUGGACGCGGAGCCCGAGGGCGCCGCCAACCUCAUCGACUGCCCGCACAUACCGCCCGUACCGCAGGAACCUCCCAGCACAGCCCCUCCCCACUACCACAGAGCACAGGACAGCUCAGAAAUAGACUCCCCAGCCUACACGAAACCUCAGUCGGCCACAGACAUUUUAGACUCCCCACGGCCCGGCCCGGCGCGGUUCGUUUUCGACGUGCCUCUACCAGAACCGAAAAAAGAAGAGCGAAAGCCAAGACCAGAGAAAAGAAACAAGACCACAGUCCAAGAAACGGCCCCCUCUACUUCCAUACAAAUCCCCUACGACCCCAAAAUGGAGACGCCAAAGAGCCCAAAGAUCAACCAAACAAAAUACGAAACGCAUUUCAAAUUUGAGCCAGAAAAAAGGAGGGCCAGUGAGAAAUUUGAGCCCGACAAAAGAAGGGGGAGUGAGAAAUUUGAGCCGGACAAAAAAAGGGGGAGUGAGAAAUUUGAGCCGGAUAAGAGGAGAGGGAGUGAAGCGAGAAAGAAGAAAGAUAAGGAGUAUUAUAAGGAUGAUGUGGCGAAAUUGAGGAGGCAGUUGGAGGGGACGGAGGUAUUCACGACGGCUAGGAGGAGAUCGUCGGCGCACCAGCAUUCGGUGCCGCCGCCAUCUUCUAGAAGACAGUCUACUGCGGCCCAAGUGCACGUGACAGCCAAUCCCUUGGACGCGGCCAGCUCCAUGCCCCCCGGCCGCACAACCAUCGUGGUCCAGCAGCCGUCCCUUUCCCUCGACUACGGCGGCUGCGCGACCAUCCUCGUGCGAGAGGGAGACGACUGCAGGCGCAAGAGCCGCGUCUGCAGCGACCACAUACAGCAACUGCUGGAUGUGACGAGUCAUUUCACCAAUCAGGAAGUGGACGAGUUUGAUAAGAGGUACGGCAGCCCGCACCAUGCCCGGUCGCAGUCGGUCAAGGCAGCGAGAUCGCGAACGGGCGAGCGUCAACUACUGGGGCUGCCGCAGCAACGGGCGCGAGUGGCGUCUAUGCCCAAUACUGGGGUAGAAGAGGAGUAUUACAGACUGAGGCAUUUUAGUAUAACGGGUAAAGGCGUCGUGAAUCGGGGCGACUCCCUCCGGUCGAGAAGAUCGCGGUCCAACACCUCCGUGGCCUCAAGCGCGUCGAGCACAGAAGCCGUUAACAGGGCCUCUGCGCCUUGCUCUUUAGCUUCUUCGAGGGAUUCCUCAGCGGGUCUCAGCUCAUACCGUGUGCUGGUGCUCGGAGCGCCGGGGGUUGGAAAGUCAAGCCUUGUCGGUCAAUUUAUGACGUCAGAGUAUCUACACGCGUACGACACUAGUAUAGACGACGAAUCCGGCGAAAGGUCGGUCUGCGUGCUUCUAGCUGGUGAGGAGUCGGAGAUCACCUUCAUGGACGCCCCCGCCGAUCAGCUAGUGACGGACGGCUGCGCCCACGGCUACUGCGUAGUCUAUUCGACAGCCGAUCGCAGUAGCUUUGCCGAAGCCGAGCGAAGGCUACAAGGACUAUGGGCGGCGGGCCAUACAGCGCGGAGAGCCGUCAUACUUGUGGGGAACAAGGCUGAUUUGGCGCGGUCGAGAGCUGUUAACACGGAUGAGGGCAAAUCGUUAGCGACCUCAUACGAAUGCAAGUUCAUCGAGACCUCCGUCGGCAUCAAUCACAACGUGGACGAGCUGCUAGUGGGAUUGCUGACGCAGAUACGGCUGAAACAGCAACACGCCGAGCGAGUCAGAAAACGCAGCAGCGCGCGCAAGAAUCGCGGACGCGCGCGCUCCCCUCAAAAUGAUGUAACGGCUCCCGCGCCGCCGCAGUCCGUCUCCGCCGCAAGUACGCCGAGAAAACGCACGCGGCUAUCUGCUAGCGUUAAAGUGCGGGGCCUCCUCGGCCGCGUGUGGGCCCGGGACUCCAAAUCCAAGUCCUGCGAGAACCUACACGUCCUCUAGCACUCGGCCGCCGACCCCAUCGCCUGCUUCCCGUUCUUCGACUGCGCCACUAGCUACGCUUAGGAUUCUACAUACCUCAGAUGCAGUUUGGGUUGACUGAGCCGCUAGCAACGCUUAGGGUUCUACAGACCUCAGCAAUAUUGUGGGGAAUGAACACUAGAUACGCUUAGGAUUCUACAGACCUCAGAUGCAGUUUGGGUUGACUGAGCCGCUAGCGACGCUUAGGGUUCUACAGACCUCAGCAAUAUUGUGGGGUUGAACACUAGAUACGCUUAGGAUUCUACAGACCUCAGAUGCAGUUUGGGUUGACUGAGCCGCUAGUGACGCUUAGGGUUCUACAGACCUCAGCAAUAUUGUGGGGUUGAACACUAGAUACGCUUAGGAUUCUACUAACCUCUGAUCUAGUUUGGGUUGACUGAGCCGCUAGCUACGCUUAGGAUUCUACAGACCUCAGCAAUAUUGUGAGGAAUGAACACUAGAUACGCUUAGGAUUCUACAGACCUCAGAUGCAGUUUGGGUUGACUGAGCCGCUAGCGACGCUUAGGGUUCUACAGACCUCAGCAAUAUUGUGGGGUUGAACACUAGAUACGCUUAGGAUUCUACAGACCUCAGAUGCAGUUUGGGUUGACUGAGCCGCUAGUGACGCUUAGGGUUCUACAGACCUCAGCAAUAUUGUGGGGUUGAACACUAGAUACGCUUAGGAUUCUACUAACCUCUGAUCUAGUUUGGGUUGACUGAGCCGCUAGCUACGCUUAGGAUUCUACAGACCUCAGCAAUAUUGUGAGGAAUGAACACUAGAUACGCUUAGGAUUCUACAGACCUCAGAUGCAGUUUGGGUUGACUGAGCUACGCUUAGGAUUCUACAGACCUCAGCAAUAUUGUGGGGAAUGAACUACUAGCUACGCUUAGAUUUCUAUUACAGGUGUCAAAUGCAGCAUGUUUUGAUUGACUGAGCCGCUAGCUACGCUAAGGAUUCUACGAACCUCAGCAAUAUUGUGGGGAAUGAACUACUAGCUACGCUUAGAUUUCUAUUACAAGUGUCAAAUGCCGCACGUUUUGUUUGACUGAGCCGCUAGCUACGCUUAGGAUUCUACGAACCUCAGGUGCAAAAUUGUUUAUUCGGGGAUGAACUACUAGCUACGCUUAGAAUUCUAUUACAAGCCUCAGAUGAAGCACGUUUGACUGAAUAGUAAAUGAAAACUACUUCGAAUUGCUUCCAAAUUGCAAUGAAUCGACAGAGUAACCCAAAAAUGCGUUGUAAAAUAAUUCUUAGGAAUAAUUUUCUUACAAUUUUUUUUACAAAAUGUAAUCGAAAAUUAAAAUUACAAUGAUUGAUUUUAAACAAAACGUAGAUAUCUUCAAAAUAAUAUUCUCCUGUCGGUUUGAUACACAAACGCGGUAAAAAAAUCAACGUUUUUUGGACCAACCGUUUCAAAGACUAAAAAAAAGUUGUGUCCAAAAUAUUCGUAAGUCAAUAAUUUGGUGUUGUCAAAGUGUCAUAUUUUGAAAAUCAAGAUUAUGGUCUGUAAACAACCGGCGUAGGGUAAUUCGCCAGUAAAAAAUUACUGGCGAAUUACUCUACGUACGGUAUGAAUAAUAAUAUACAAAAUAAAGAUUUAUUCAACCAAUACAAAAAAUGGAAUCUAAUCAUUGAUAUUCUAGUAUAUUUAAAAUUAGUAUCACUCGAAAGGGAAAACACCAUAGUCCAUAUAAAACGCCUUUGAAAAGGACACGAAUCCAUGUGCCUAAAAAAGGACACAAUUAGACAAUCAGUCAAUUAAUGAUUUCUUUAUUCACCACGCAUUGUAAUUUAAAGAGAACAGAAAAUAAUUGCUUUUAACAAAUGCUGCCGCUAAACUAACAAAUUAGCUUUUAACGAAAUGCCCAGAACGGGAAUAUAGGGUCGGCGACAUAAUCAUAUUUUGUAACGAAGAGGGGUUUGGUAGUUAUAGAAGUUAUUUCGAUGUGUUUUAAAGUAUGAACGAUGAAGGUUUUCACAUUUUGUACACAUAACUUUUUUGGGUUAGUCUUUACUAAAUAUUCAAGAUUUCUUCGCAGAGAGUGUGCAUACUAAUGUAAAGGUUGCGGAAACUUCCCAAAUAUUUCUAAAAUUUCUUGGAAAUUUUAGGGAAAACUUACAGAAAACUUUCAUUCGGGAAAUGGAAAAUUUCAAUACCAAUAAAAACACAUGAAAAUUAACAAGAUAAACCUGAGAUAAAAAAAAGUUUCUGUGUACAAAAAUUGAAAACGAUGAUAUUAGCAGCUUGGAAUCGAAAUUAUAAGAACUGAAAAAUUCACAAUUUUUCCAAUAUAAUAUUAUAUCAAAUCAUGGUAUUACUAAAGUAGGAAGCGGAACAUACAAAAGUACUGCUUGGAAGUAUUAUUUAGUAGAAAGUUAGAAAGUGAGAAAAAUAUAUGUGAUCCCAUUGUGACUCCUACAUUUAUAUUAUAUUCCAAACAAAAUUAUAUUAUUGUAGAUGAUGUAAAAAUGUACGAUUAGAAUAGGUUUUUUUUGUAUUUGUUGUUGUAUUGUUUGCUUUCGUCUGUUUUGUAUAUUAUUAGCUUUAAGAUACCGGUGUAUAUGAGUCAGACGUUAUAGUGAAAGAUAUUCUAGUCUUUUAUACAGGAUAUGGUGACUGCUAUAAUAUUGGCCACCACGUAGUAAUUGGCCACUCUUGAGAAUAAGGCUUCGUGGCUUAUUUCUUUCUGAUUUGCUAGGAGUGGCCAAUUUCUAUGUAGUGGCCAAAUAGAAGUCACCCUUGUCGAAAAGUGUGAAUAAAAAUCGGUCAGGUAUUCAAUAGUGAAGGAAAUGUGGUUGGAUUUCUUUUUUUCAGGCUACAAGAGAAAUGCAACUCUGUUCCAAUUGAAAAUGGUUUAAAUUACAUUGAAGUAAAUUUAACUACGGGUAGGACCGUGGGCCUUGCGAGGAUGAAACGUUUGAAACAAAUUAAAAAUCUAUUCAGAAUGAUGAACUAUACAAGCCUGACCAAUUUUAUUCAUAUUAUCUGAGAUUUUGUAUUUCUAUUUAUGUAAUCCUGUGUUAAAAAUAAAUAUUAAUUUAAUUUUACUUAACUACUAUACAUACUAAAGUUAGACCAAAUUAAGUCUGCAACGAUUUUGAUAGCACACGCAUGCAAGUGUUAUUUAUACGUCAAAUUUCACAGAAGUUUGACGUUAAAAAUAACACUUGCACUGCGUGUGCUAUCAAAAUUGUUGCAGAUUUAUCUUGAUCUCACUCUAUUCAUCUUUAUGUUUACUAUUUAAAAAGAUGAUAUUGAUAUCUCUUGAUUGUCUACAUUUUUGGGAUUAUCUUGUAAUUUUUAUGUUUGCAAAAGCUAGCAUUUUUAAAUGUAAUCAAAAGGACCUUCCAGAUAAACUCAAAAGUUAUCUUUGGCUUAGUUUAGUUUUGGGAUAAAUACAAAAAAAAUGGGUCCACUGCUUCGACAUUUGAGCAAAACGAAUUAGGUAGGGUGUAGGCGCUUUAUUUCAGUAAUAAAAGAAAACUAGAAAAUAAAAGAUUGAAAAUAUUCACACAGGCACCUUUUUUGUGUGGGAAUAGACGUAUCUUCUAACCGGCCACAUGUCAAAACUUGCCAAAAAAAUGUAUAGGUAAUGUUGAUAUGUCAAAAUAAAUAUUCAAAUUAAAAUAGAAUGGGUGACCUUUUUAUAGGCAUCUGGGCGGUUAGAGCAUAAACUAAAAAAUAAAUGCGAAAAAAACAAAGGUAUUUUGUUUUUUUCUCCUAAUAGAUGAUUCUAGCAGUAGAUAUUACGUUAAAUCGCCAGUAACUGGCCACCAUAACCUAAAAAUUCACCUAUAAACAGAAUUCGUUUUAGUAUAAGGUUUCAUAAAUUAGCCACCAUAAGGUGGCUAGUUAUUGAAACCUUAUACUAAAAUUAAUUCUGUUUAUAGGUGAAUAGAAUUCAUUUUUAGUUUAGUGGCCAGUGUAGCAUAGUUAGUACUAAAAUAAAAUAUACCAAAAUUGCCACGUGAUAAAACGUUUUAUUUACAAUUUAAAAGGAUAAACACCUUGCCUUGAUAGUUUAAAAAAAAAGGUAACUGCCACCGAAAUCAGCUAAGCAACAAUAUAGGUAAUUUUUAAUAAGCACCGUGCCACCGAAAUCAACUAAGUAACAAUAUAGGUAAUUUUUAAAAAGCACCGUGCCACCGAAAUCAGCUAAGUAAUAAUAUAGGUAAUUUUUAAUAAGCACCGUGCCACCGAAAUCAACUAAGUAACAAUAUAAGCACUGUCACCGAAAUCUACCUUAUAAACUAAUAAAAAAACUUCCUAGCAGGCUAUGUGUUCCCUACUGGUACCAGACAGGAACAGAGGCUACGGGCAAUAAUUUAAUCUAGAGAAAUAUACAAAGUGAGUUGUCGAAUGGUUUAGCAGGAACAGGCUCAGGCCUCUGGUGUACUGCUCACGCUCAGACUGAUGUCGAGAAUAAUAGGCUUAGACCUAUGGUGCACAGUCCACACACAGGCUGGAAUUGUUGGCUCGGGUUGAAAUAGUAGAAUGAACUAUGCGCGGUAACAUAGCAUGUGCCUUGGUCCGUGUCCACAAACGCAAUUGUAAAAAUAUUCCCCGAAUAAGAAAACUGCGAACAAAGAGAAGAGCCACGCUAAAGUAAAGAUAUGAAAACAAAUAAGAUAAUAAAAUAAAAGAUGCGAACGGACUUACCCGUGACAAAAAGCGGUUUUCCCAAUUACUAAAGCGAUACUUAGUGGCCGUUUAAAACUUUUGCCAUCGAUAUAAGCCAAAUUAAUUCUAUUUCAUGAAAAGCUUUUGAAAUUAUGCAUAAAAUAUCCUCUUACGUUGACGUCCCGUUCUUUUAUUUUUCUUUUUGUCACUUGUCAAACCAGCCGUCGGGAAUUGACUCAUAAAAAAAAAGGUUUCUACCAAAGCGUAACGCUGCACCAGUUACUAACAGGUGUCCAGUUACUGGAGAAUUACCCUAUCAUUUAAAAUAGAUUUUGAUAUUAUGUCAUAAAUUUCAUAUAUAUGGAAUGCUGUUUUUGUACACUAAACUAUAAUAAGAAAAGUUUGUAUAAUCGUCUAUUCCUAAACAAAAUGAGGUAAGUACUUUACUCGUAAGAGGAUAAACAAAUCACGAUUGGCAGCUACAUUGAUCAAAACCAAUAUUCACAUAUUGAAUUAACCUCCUGAGGCCCAAGGUCCUACCUAUAGCACUUAUUUAGUUCAAUAAAAUUUAAAUAAUAUUCAAUUGGAACAGAGUUUCUUUUCCUUUUUUUUUUGUACAGUUUUUGAACAACGCAAAAUCAACUCUAUUUCCUACAAUGUGGGUUUAAAUUUCUGUGGCAAUUUUUGCAUUUUUCAUACCUUAGGGCCUUAGGAAGAUAGCAUAGCUGUUGGUAUAGAAUAGUCAAAAGAUAGAUUAUUUUACGCGGCAUGGCUUUUGAAAGAUGGUUUUUGGAUUUGGUGAAAACGAGUCCAUCCAAUUUUUUUUCCGUAGAAAUUGUACAUGUACCCGCAUUUUGUUUUUUUAGAUUUAAGCCCUAGACCUGUAAGUAUUAUUUAAAAAAAGAAAAUUGUUUCAAUUUGAGUGCCUGAUAUUUGAAGAGAUAUAUUGUAAUUUUUUGAUCCCUCCGUGGUACCCAUGCCUUAUUUUAUUAGUGUAUUAUUAUUUCUGUAGCUGCGUUACGAGUAGGAAUUAGUAUAUACAUUAGAGAAUUAAUAAUUAUCAGAAUUACUAGUAAUACGUAAGGUUUAGGUGUAUUUUUUCAUAUAUUUGAUGUCAAAUAGUAAUUUUACAGUAUUAGUCGCGGCAGUUUGAUUCAGGGUUUGGUAUAAGUAGGGUUUGGAAUCCGGAUCCGAAAUGUAUGAAAUUAUCCGGAUCUGGAUCCGGAUCCGCGGAUCUUCUCAUACAUUUCGGAUCCGUCGUGCAAACCCUAGGUAUAAGUAAGUAAAUGACUAGAUGUAGUUGGGUAUUACGUGAAAUGGCUGAAUAAGUAGUUUGCAUAACGCAUGCAGUCCUUUUCUUCCUAAUAAGGUUUGAAAGAGAGGCAUGCCAAGUCUGCAAAUAUAUAUCAGCUAAUAUGAGUCAAACUGUGCGCUACUUUUAAAGUAGUUUUUGAGAAGAUAAGUAUGUGGCUUCAUGAUAUUUCUAAUGUCGCAAAACGUUAUUCAUUCCAAUCAUUACUUGACGGAACUGAUCAAAUAGGCAAAGUGGUUUGAAUAUUGUUAAAGUUAACCCGUGGAGCGCCCUAGUAGCACACGUGUGAUAUUGUCUCAAUUCGGGUCGUAGCGACUCAUGACGUGUGUCACUACAGAUCAAUAUGGGUCAAAUUGCUUUGCAUCAAUCUGUUGUAUGGUGGACGUUCGACAGGUUAAAACCUUUUUUUAAUAGAAUUAGACUUGUUUGAGUUCAUUUUCAUCCUACCAAGAAGCGAAUUUAGAACCUGUUUUCUAAUGUUUUCAACUUCCUUUGCUUGACAUAUUAAAGUUUUAAGCCAUAAUAUAUAGUUUGUCAUCAUUAUACUCCUUAAACUGAAAUCGUUAACUUUACAGGAUUUUCGUAAGGUUAUCCUGUAGAUAGGUUAGGUUAGGUUUGUUUUAUGGUAAUCCUGAAAAGUUAAGCGUUUCUGAAGCAAACAAAUUAUGACUAACAAAAAUGCGGGCAAACAAUACAUUAUGACUUAAAACUUUUUGGGAAACAAUAGAGACCCGUUUUCAACAUUUUUGUCUUAAGGACGGCAUGUUUUAAUGUAAACAGUAAACUUUAUUUCGUCGGGUGACAAUCAAAAGUCACUAACUAACACCAUUGAAAUUAUUGGACAAUAAACUGUGUUACAAUUGUAAUAAAGUGCAUUGUUACUUUAAGUUUUUGAUAGUAAUUAGUGACUUUUGCUUGUCACCCGACGAUUUAUUCGUAUAUACGUGACGAAGAAGAAACAAAAUUUUCUAGAAAACCGUGGGUUCUUUUUAACAUCAGGAUUAUAAAUAGAAGAGGAACCCGAACAAGCCAAGAUUAGUAAGAAACACCUUUAUUGUUGUUUAUCAAAUUUAUUUUGUAUCAGAUUGACGUUUUGCUACAUUGGAAAUAUCACGUGUGAACCCCAGGGUCCAAAUAAAACACCAAUCUCACUUCACCCUUGGACCUUCCUGGACCAUCCUGUAUCAGCAGUAGAUCAACAGUAGUCAAGCUUAGCGUAGAGGUUCCGAUCUAUAGACCGACCGCUUA